AUGAGCUUAGUUGGGAAAAAGUGCGAAUCGAUAUCCCUAUCUGAACCUAACAAAGAUGGUAUAUUACCAAGUGAAAUAACUCCAGAAGACGUACUUAGGCUAGAGAAAAUUACGGAUACUUAUUUAUGCAGUCCUGAAGCUAAUAUAUACGAUAUAGAUUUUACAAGGUUCAAAAUUCGUGAUAUGGAAACUGGUACAGUUUUAUUCGAGAUCGCGAAACCUCCUACGGAUUUUGGCGUUGAUAAUGAAGGAACAGAAGAUGCUUCAGAUGAACCCCUUGAUCCUAAUGCUGGUAGAUUUGUUCGAUAUCAAUUUACACCCCAGUUUUUGAAAUUGAAAACUGUUGGAGCUACAGUUGAAUUCACAGUGGGUGCUCGCCCUGUUAAUCACUUUAGAAUGAUUGAGAAACAUUUCUUUAGGGAUACAUUGCUUAAAACAUUUGACUUUGAGUUUGGCUUCUGUAUUCCAUUUUCAAGAAAUACAUGUGAACAUAUUUAUGAGUUUCCAACCCUGCCGCCAGAUUUAGUUGAGGAAAUGAUUGCUGCUCCAUUUGAGACUUGUUCAGACAGUUUCUAUUUCGUGGACAACCACCUGGUAAUGCAUAAUAAAGCCGAUUAUGCUUAUAACGGAGGAAUUAACAAGUGA